UGCAGCUGCAGGCCGCGAGAUGAAGCGGUCACCAGUCAGCACCGGAUGAGACCUUCCCCUCAUGGCAGCGUCUCCGGCAGCAUCGAGGAGGCAGUCGACCACCAGCAGCAGAAGGAGCGGCGAGCUCCCAGGAGGCGCCGGCGCUCACGGCCACCGGCCUUCCUACGAUCGUGGGCGGGCGCCGUUCUCCCCUGACGUCUACGGCCGGCAGCUCUCGUCCUACAGCGCCCGGUCCUCCCAGGUGAGCAGGAGCGGCUCGUUCAAGGCGGCGGCGCAGCGGGUCGCCGGCGCGUUCACCAGCUGCUUCGUGCCGCGGGUCCAGGUCAAAACCGAGGAAGAGGAGGUGAAGAGCAGAGGCACCGCAGAGUGCCAUGUCUCAAUAGAUUCAGCAGGAUCAGGGCAAGAAGGUAGGGCGCUCACAAUUUCUGAUUUAUCGAAGGCGACCUCAAAUUUCAGCGAAAAGAACAUAAUAAAGCAAGGAGGUUCAAGCACCAUGUACAGAGGAAAACUCAAGGAUGGGUCUCAGAUUGCCGCCAAAUGUGUCAGAAAGUUGAACGGUCAGUAUCUAACAGCUGAACUCUGGAGGGAGCUUGAGACUCUUCAGAAUAUUGAGCACCAGAAUCUGGCGAGGUUCCUCGGAUUCUUCGAGCGCAACAAUGACAGCCUUAUUGUCCUCGAGUACGUCAGCAAUGGCUCCUUGAGGGAACACUUGGAUGAAUCCUGCGGAAAUGGUUUAGAACUCGUGCAACGGCUCAACAUCGCCAUCGACGUUGCUCAUGCCAUCACCUACCUGCACGAGUACAAAGAGCAUCCGAUCAUCCAUGGGGGCAUCCGGUCGUCGGUCGUGCUGCUGACUGACGCGCUGGCGGCGAAGGUGACCGGCUUUGGGCUGCUGGGAAUGGCGGCCUCGGCCUCGGGCUCAGGCACAGGCUCAGGCUCGGACGCAACGCCGGCGAAGGGCGCCGCCGGGUACGUGGACCCGGAGUACCUGACCACGUACCAGCUGACCGACAAGAGCGACGUCUACUCCUUCGGCGUCCUCGUCGUCGAGCUCGUCACCGGCCGGCUGCCCGUCGAGCGCAGCCGCGGCGGCGAGGCCCGGCUCACCACCAAAUGGGCGCUGCAGAAGUGCCGAGGAGGGGAAGCCGUGGUGGCCAUGGACCCCAGGAUGCGGCGGAGCCCGGCGUCGGUGGCGGCCGUGGAGAGGAUGCUGACGCUGGCGGCGCAGUGCGUCGCGGCGUCCAGGAAGGACCGGCCGUCGAUGCGGCGGUGCACCGAGGUGCUGUGGGCCAUCCGGAGGGAAUACCACCGCCGGGAAGAGCCGCGCUGCGCCGCCGUGGCAGAUGAGCGGAGCGACGAGUGGGUGCUCAGGUAGCUCGUACUAACUACCAAGCCAGACAAAGGCUGUAGAUGAUGCUUGCUUGGAGUGAUUGGUUUGAAACUGUAACUACCCUAUAAGCUGUGAUUUCUGAACUGCUGCCAAAUGGGGGAUUGCUCAUAUCAAAAUUAGAGUUUUAUCAUGCACUUGCACUAUGUGUAUGUAAUGCUAAAUCACGCACCGGGAAUCCCCAUUUUGUAAACUAGUGCUGCAUAUUUUCAGUUCAAGUUCUACGACGUUCUCAAA